GCGUCUGAGGGACACCUUGGAGCCACACCCUUUUUCAGCACUCUUGGUCAAGCUAAACCAACUGUAGCAAGCUUGGCAUGAAGAGAGCACCCUCUGGCCUCCAGCACUACUCCCUGCCUCCUAGCGGGCGGGACCCUGAGACACUCGCCUUUGAGUGGAAGGCGGGAGAAUGGUGGAUUCCUCGGUGCGGGACGGGACACAGGGAAGUCUGCAGCUGCUGGUGCUUGUGCUGUUCCUAAGACAAAGGGAAGGAGAGUGCAAGGAAGAAGAGUGGUGGAGUCCCGGUAUCUGCAAUAUGACACGAAAGCAAAAAAGGUUUCUGUAGCAGCCAAAGGAGAGAAGCCACCUGAGGGAAGGAAGGCAGGCCAGGGCCUAGGAGCAGAGAAGAGAGCCAAGUGAUGGGAACAGGCAACCUGCAGUCCACCAUGCUAGAAGGGCAUGGCAUGAAUCCACCAGACCUAGACCUUUCCGCCAUCGACGACAAAAUCUUGUCCAGGAAGGCUUCCUGGCCAGACAGGGAAAUGACAGACAAAGCUAAGUCCACAUCUUUUAUCACUUGUGACAAAAAAAAGAAUCCUUCGGAAGAAGAGAUGGGAUCUGCAGGAGACCAUGGACAUGAUGGAGUCACAGACACUGCUGAUGACCCUGCUGUCUAUGAAGAUGGAGAACAACCUGGCUCUUCUGGAGAAGAAGGCAGAGAAAGACUUGGCAGCCUGUGCCAUGAGAAAGAGAGGCUGCAGAGGCAGGCAUUGGAGCUGUGUCCCCAGCUGCUUCUCCGACAGAAACAUCAGGAGCUGGCCGCCACCCUUGAUGCCCAGAUUGAGGUGCUGAGUCCUCUUGAGCCUGUGUUAGAGCACUUCAAAGAGGAAUACAAGAAGACACUGGCCAGAGCCCUGGACACCACGCGACACGAGCUGCCCAUGCAGACUGUCCACAUGGAAGGAAGUGGGCAGGAGCUCCUAGAUGAUCUGGAGCCAGCCCUGAGGACCACCCUGCAGCUCCUGGGUGAUCUGAGCAUCUGCCCCCUAGAUGCCACUGCACAGGUGCAGUGUGUCAGCGCACAGGAGCCUGGAGCCAGCGCACAGCUGAAUUGUCUGCUGAAGGAACUGAAGGGCUUGGUCACUGAGAAAGACCUGGAGCUCCGCAGACUUGUCAGCCAAGUGGUGGAACUUUCCUCCCAGGCCAGUAAAAAAGCAGUUUUGAUGAACCAGGAAGUCUGGGAACAGGUAGAGGGUGCUCUCACCAGCAGCCAGUGGUACUUCAGUCCAGAUGCCUACAGGGAUGAUACUCAGGACAGGAUGAAUUACAGCAGGCCNGACCCUUGAUUGCCUCAGGCAGCCUGUCCUGCCUGAGUAUUUCCUAGCUGGCCUUUCUGCACAUUUAUGUUUCCUCAUCCCUCCUCCUUGUGGACUGAAGGAAGUUUGGUGGUCCAGUAUUCUGAAGGCUUGUGCACUUUGGUUUUGGUUUGCUUUGGUUUUUGUGUUGAUUGUGCCACUGAGGUGGGAAGAAACACCAGUCUUGGUCACACCAUCUGUUGGAUUCGGGUUCUAAACUGAGUAAAGAAAGCAAGCUG